GCUUGCCAACCGUUGAUUGCUCCAUUGUCCACACGCACACCGCAACACAACAAAAACUCUCAUCAAACGGAUCUCUCAUUGAACCAGCCAAAAUGGCUCGGCUCACGCUUCAUUUCGCAGACCACACCAAUUGCCGCUUACUUAUAUCAGAAGUACUGUGGCAAUUGACGCGGGAAGGCCACACCGGGCGGACCUAGCGUCCUGCACGACCACCGCACACACACAGAGGAGUGAGAACGAUCGGUGCGGUGUGGUUUGUCCGUGCCGUCCAGGCCUGCUCACCAUUUCCAUGAUCGCAGGCUCACCACAAACUCGCCUGAGUGAGUGAGGCCAACGGACACAGACAGAGAAGGGACACAGAAAUGAUGCGAUGGGCGCCGGUGGUCACACAGUCCACACGUACGUCACACAUGCCGACCUUUGUAGAGCGAUCCCGACCCCUGUGAAAGUUUGUCAAACAGCGUCCUCGCCGUCUCCUUGUCUAUCGUCUCAGCGCCGAUCUGCGCGGCACAACACACACACAGCACACACAUACACUGCCUCCUACUCACCCACUCACUCACCGACUGACUCACCACUGCAUUGACUUUUUGCCUGGUGUUUGCGUCCGGCGUGCCGUAGGACGUCGGCAGCCCCUGUGAUGCCGCAAUCUUGUUGAACUCCUGACAGACAGAUUUGGAUGGAUGGAUGGCAGACACACAUCAACCAAGCCACCAUUGAUGUGAUGUGUGAAUGGCUGCCGGUCCGUCUGUGUGUCGGUUUGGGCGCCCAAAUGACAUGACAUGGCUAGGUACCCUACCUACCGUCAUCAUGACAGGCUUGCACUCGAGCUUCCGUGUCUUGGGGUCAAACAGCGUGACGAGGGGCCACUUGAAGUCCAGGCCGCUCACCUUGUUGCCGAACUCCUGCUUGCUCAGCACCUGCUGCUGACCGUACAGCUGAUGGAUGAACAGAUGACAGUCAGGCAUUACCACAGCAGAUAAGAGAUGGAUGGAUGGAUGGACUAUAGCCAGCCCUCACUCACUGACUCACUCACCCUGUCGACUGCAUCUCUGCUGAUUUGGAACUCUGCUGGCGGGAAGGUGCCGAGGCAGUCGACAGCUGACAGCCUCCCGAUGAUCUUGAUGAUCUCCACCACCGGCACCUAAUUGACACACACGCGCACACGGACACGCAGAUAGACAGACGGGCGACAGACAUGCUGUGUGCCCGUGGGUGAGUGCAUUCAGUGCACUCAGUGCAUGCGCACCCCAUAGGCCAGGGUCGAGUGUGCUCGGCCGUGAAGGGUGGUCCUCCCCUCCAGCCGCCGGCCGCCCUCCACACAUGCAAAGUGCCGAAAGGCCUUCCUCCUCCUGCGACCAAUUUCCGAUGCUGCAAACCAAACACCCAGAAAAUGAUCAAAGGAACGCACGUUGGCUGACGUCGAUCUGCCUGUUGUGUCCUGACAUCACCAUGGCUGCAGGUGAGUGCGACGACAGAUGCGAGGAAGGCAAGAGCAGCCUUCAUGAUGCGUUUGUGAUUGCGGUCAGUCUUGACGGGCAAACGGCUCCUCUCGGAACAGCCUGCAGGCCUCAAACCCCUUACCUUUUUC